AUGGCAUGGAUGAAUCAGACGUUAGUCACUGAGUUCUUUAUAAAAGGAUUCUCAGAAGCCCCUCACCUUCAGUCCUUGUUCUUUAUAUUAUUCCUCUCCCUCUACAUGGUGGCUCUCUCAGGGAACAUCCUUAUCUUUGUUACAAUCAGUUUUAACCCAGCACUGCACACACCAAUGUACUUCUUCCUGAUCAAUUUAGCCAUGGUUGAUGUCCUCUGCACCUCCACAAUUCUUCCAAAAUUACUGGAGAACAUGGUGGGUGGGAAAACUAUUUCCUAUGAAGGCUGCAUGAGCCAACUAUUCUUCUUUACUUGGUCCUUAGGGGCUGAGUUGUUGCUUUUCACUGCUAUGGCUUAUGAUAGAUAUGUGGCCAUCUCCCAUCCCCUCCACUACAGCACCAUGAUGAGUAAAAGGAUCUGUAUACUGUUAGCCACUAGUGUUUGGAUAAUAAGCAUCAUCAACACUAGUGUACACACUGGCCUAAUGAUGAAACUAUCUUUCUGCCACUCUAAUAUAGUUAACCACUUUUUCUGUGAGAUCCCCCCUUUACUGAAGCUCUCCUGCUCUCCUACCUACCUUAAUGAAACCAUGGCCUUCACAGCAGAUGUAUUCCUAGCUGUGGGGAAUUUCAUGAUUACAAUGCUCUCCUAUGCCUGCAUUAUCUCCAGCAUCCUGAAAAUCCGCACCACUGAGGGAAAAAAGAGAGCCUUCUCCACCUGCUCCUCCCACCUCAUUGUGGUCAGCAUGUAUUAUAGCACUGUCAUUUAUACCUAUAUACGGCCAUCUUCCAGUUACUCAUUGGAUAAGGAUAAAGUUGUAUCUGUGAUAUACACUUCAGUGGCUCCCACCCUCAACCCUCUCAUUUACACCUUGAGGAACAAAGAAGUCAAAGUGGGACUCAAGAAAGUAUUUUCUUUCUUCAGGAGGUGA